UGGGAGUGUGCGCCGGCCCGGCCCGGCCAUGCAGCCCCUGGAGGCAGGUCUGGUUCCCGCUCCGGGGAGGGAGCCGAGACUGACCCUUUGGCUGCGGACAGGCAGUGGGAUCUUGGCGCACCUAGUGGCUUUGGGUUUCACCAUCUUCCUGACUGUGUUGUCCCGGCCAGGAACCAGUCUUUUCUCCUGGCACCCUGUAUUCAUGACCUUGGCGUUCUGCCUCUGCAUGGCUGAGGCCAUCCUACUCUUCUCGCCUGAACACUCCCUGUUCUUCUUCUGCUCCCGCAAGGCCCGGAUCCGGCUCCACUGGGUAGGGCAGACCCUGGCCAUCCUCUGUGCAGCCCUGGGCCUGGGCUUCAUCAUCUUCAGCAGGACCCGCAGUGAGCUGCCCCACCUGGUGUCCUGGCACAGCUGGGUAGGGGCUCUGACACUGCUGGCCACUAGUGGUCAGGCACUGUGUGGGUUCUGCCUCCUCUGUCCUCGAGCAGCCAGGGUCUCAAGAGUGGCUCGCCUCAAGCUCUACCAUUUGACUUGUGGACUGGUAGUCUAUCUGCUGGCUACAGUAACGGUACUCCUGGGCAUGUACUCAGUGUGGUUCCAGGCCCAGAUCAAAGGCACAGCCUGGUACCUGUGCCUGGCCCUGCCCCUCUAUCCAGCCCUGGUGAUCAUGCACCAGAUCUCCAGCUCCUACUUGCCAAAGAAGAAAAUGGAAAUGUGAGUUCCUCUGAACUCUGAAUGUAGGUGGGACACUUGCCUUGGACCUAAAUGUUCCCUUUGAUGACCUUCAGGGGAUCCAUUUCAGAAGUAGUAGGGGUUUUAUACUUCUUAACUGGGCCAGCAACUGCAGAAACCCAAAGUGCUAUUUCUGAUGACGACUCAGUGAGUCAAAGUGGGGAAGUAUACUGGGUGCCAGUGGAAGGUGGUGGGCAGGGCAGGGGGAGGCUUGAUCCUGAAGCCUCCACUCUUGAUUGGCGACAGAAGUUUUGGGUGGUGGUGGUGAGGGUGUUCACAGUCAUUUCUUGCCUGUGUGUCUGAUGGAGAAUUGGGUUCCAGUAACUUAUGAAUGACAACAGUGGUUUUGGCGGGAGUGGGGGGUCUUCGAGAAAGCAGUGUGGAGGGAGACCAUGGGUUAUGGUUCUUGUAGAGUCUGUUGGGCAACCUUAGGCAAGUCACACAUCUCGGGACCAGUUUCCGCAUCUGUGUCAUGGGUGAGUGUUUCUAAACAAUCUCCAAUAUUCAGUGUCUGUCAGGUUGAUGCCACAAAAACACACUCCCCUCUCUGGACCGUGGUCUGGACCGCUAAGCAGACUCAGGAUGUCAUUCCUAAAUUCAUUAUCCCGUUAUCCCUUUGGAGGGACAGGUCUGCCCCCAUGGCCUUCCAGGAAUCUGCUGAUUGGGCUUCUGGACUAGGGCACAGGGGGUCAGGCACUGUGGAGAGAAGAGUCCUGGACGAGGCUCUCUUGAACUCUAAGACCGUUAAAAGCACUGAAGUCACUUUAAAGCUUUUGUAGGAGCGGAAGGGCAUUGGCUUCAGCAAGCCUCUGGCUCCUGGCUGGGCUUCUUAGCUUAGUUAAGAACAUCCUUCAGCCCACCUCAGAAUCUGGGCUUGAGGGCUGCAGGGCAUGGGUGAGUGCCUUUCCCUGCCAGGUGUUCUGAGUGGCACAGUUGUCCUGAACCUCUCAUAGCCCUUCCUAGGGCUCAGGUUCAUGACCUAGCACAUACCUUUGUGGAGGUAUUCCAAAGUUUUUAGAACAAAAUAAGAGUUGAGGAAGUGGGGUAGGGCUAUUCUGGUCUAGGAAAAACAAAGUCUCCCUGGUUCCCCUUCUCAACUAAGCUCUUCUCAGUUGCUGUCUCUUGCCAGCUCUUUGGCCCAGGACGGGGCUGAGUGUGGUGCCAGUUGGCAAAAGGGGGCUGGGCCCUCUUCCCUGCAGAAACCCACUCCUUGUUCCAAACUGAAGGUAGUUCCCCAGGCUUUCCUCAGUGGUGAGCUGGGUGCCAGACUGGUUUCACUGUGGUCUGGCUCGCUCGGGGGUGGACCUCCAUAGAUCAUGGCAAGGACUGAAGACAACCACGCCAGGAAAGCUGGUGUUGAGGUGGAUAGACCACUCAGUGGGAGCUGCAGGAGGCCUGGAUGAAGGGGCUGGAGCCCCAGUUCCGGGAGCAGGGCAGGAGUUCCUAGAUGGCAGUAAUUUAGAUGCCCUGGCUCUUCCUAAGAUUGAAGACCUCCCUCCCUGAGUGGUUCAGAAGCAAGGAGGUUGGCAUGUUUUAACAGUCUAGGAAUGGGGACUGCAAGGGCAGAAGUCCUCUGAGCGGAUCUCACUGGGUCAGAUGGAGUCUCCCGGGAGCUCUCCAGACUUGGAGCAUCUAAACUGAGGGUCUCUGCACCUUCAGAGGGUGAUUAUUCCUGUCAGCUUUCCUUCUCUCCCCUCUUAGACUACCCAGCAGUGUGGUCUGAACUUGGAAGAGAUGGUGCCCGGCAUGGCAUGAAGACAUUGUUAUUGAGGGUCACUGCUCGGGGACUCCAUGUCCUCUCCCCCAUCACAGCCAGUGCUGGGAGUCUCACUCUGUCUAGGCAGGGUGACAGAGUGGGGUGAGGUUCACCAGCUUCCGUGAGCCAGGCAGCCAGCGCCAUAAAGCCUGAGCCUGCCUGAGGUGUCGCCUGCGCCCAGGUGGUGCGGGGGCUGCUGGGCAGGCGGGCGGGCGGGCUGACAGCCGGUAGUUUGCGUGGGCUGUGCCAGCUGAUGUCUAUUCCCAGCCUUCGGAGGAAGGGGGAAGUCAUUUAUAUUCCGAAGGAGGAAGGGGCCCCAGCUGUCACCUCUCUGACCAGGAGGCCUGGAGGAUAGUGGCACAGGGCAGAGAGGAGGGCACAGGUGGUCUUCUGCAGAGCCUGUCUGACUGCAGUAUGGGGAGUAGGUCACGAGGAGGAGCCCUUCUUCCUGGUCUGCCAGAUUGUCGGGGGGACUUCCCUCCUCCUUCUGCAUCUCUCCCUCCAUCGCCACCUGCCCUCACAUCCUGGGGCAGCAGCUGGACAACCAUUAGACCUCAGUGCCAGGGCACUCUUCCUCCAGCUGGGAGCUGGGUGGCUGCUGGCUGCACAUGCCGCCUGCUUGUGUGCGUUUCCUCCUCCCUUAGCCCUCCUCCCUCUGUUCUCCCCACCUCUCUGUAUCUCCCUAUCUGGGAUGUUAGCUGGGCACCUCCACAAUGAGGCAGAGGCCUUGGGGGGAGGAAGCAAAUGGCUGCCCUUUUGCCCUUGUUCCCUGGCUAGGGAAAGCUGCUAGUAGUCAGCCUGUUUUGCCUUAAAAAAAAAAA